AUGGGAGAGGGGCAGAUGCUGGCUGUAGAAGAAGAUGGCUUUCGCUGUGGGGGCCAGCUGAGAGAUUGGGAAUGGUUCCCAGCAGAAGCAGGUUCUAUAUCAAGAGUGUUAAAGAAUUACAGUGACCAUGCCUGCGAUGGAGAAUAUGUCUCCCUGAGAUGCCCUCACAGAACCACCAUCAGCAUCCAGUCGUCCUUUUAUGGCCGAAUUGUGCCAAGUCAUCAGAUGUGUCCCUCCCGAUACCUACAGUCCUAUGCAACUUUAAUUAAGGAAGAUGUUGCCUGUUCAGUUGGUACUUCCCUUCAGAAAAUGCUGGAUGAGUGCCAGGACAGACGGAGCUGCCAGUUCCUUGUCAAUAGCCGGCUGUUUGGUCUAGACCCGUGCCCUGGAACCGGCAAGUACCUCAUCGUAUGGUACAAGUGCAGGCCAAACGAGUACAAGAGUAAAGUAGCCUGUGAAGACGACAAGCUGAGACUGAGCUGUCAGAAAAACAUGGUCAUAGCCAUUUACUCCGCUAUUUUUGGAAGAACUCAAGGAGGCAGCCUGGAAUGCCCCUACCAGAAUUUAGGGAUGCCUACGAUAGAGUGUCAGUCAGCCACGGCUCUCCAGCUCAUGACCAGACGCUGCCAUGGAAAAAGAAGCUGCAGUGUGUAUGCCAGCACCUAUGAAUUCGGUGAUCCUUGUUACCCAGGUGUCCACAAGCACCUCAAUGUUAUCUACACCUGUGAUGCCAUCUGA